AUGGUCAGUUCAACCGAAGUGUGUAUCUCCGAGGAGGAAGCUGCAUUGUAUGAUCGGCAGCUACGCCUGUGGGGUGUCGAGGCCCAAAAUCGACUGAAGCGGUCACGGAUUCUUCUGUUAGGCAUGACGCCUCUUGCUGCUGAGUUAGCAAAAAAUCUAGUCCUUGUGGGCAUUCAGAGUCUCACAGUUGUAGAUGAUGUUUUAGCUACAGAAGAGGAUGUUUCGUGCAACUUUCUGAUUCCAUGUGAAGCUGUUGGAAAACCGGUAAUUGCUCCCAUUCCCGCUGAUUAUUCUCUGAAGCGUUCCACUGCUGCACUACCACGCAUUCAAGCCCUUAACUCAAUGGUUCGUGUAUCAGCGCUCUCAGCUGGCUGCAAUAACCCAAUACAAGAAGGUCACACCUAUGAUGUCGUAAUCCUCACAUCCAGUUGUCUGGAGAGCGAUAUUUCAAACUGGAUUGCCCUAAAGAACAACCUACGCAAAAGUACUGGUCAAGUGCCUGGAGCCCAUAUUGUACUUGCUUCCACAAUGGCUUUUUUCGGCGUCGCUUUUCUGGACCUCGGCUACCAUGAAUUCAUGGCAGAGGAAGUGCUACCAAAGAAACGUCCUGCUCCCUCCGCGACUGGGGUGAAGAAAUCUCAAGCCGCUUCUGGAACUGAGUCUACUUUCGUUAAGAAAGUCGCACGGUACUCCGAUUUACAAGACUGUCUAGAUAUGACGUGGAGCAGCACGGGUACAUGCCCAUCUCUCAGUCCGAAAUCCAUGCCCAAAGGAUUUCUCCUUUUGGAAGUCCUUCGUCGAUGCACGAUUGCAGAUCUUCCUCUUAAUGUCGAAUUUCUGAAAUCGGUAUGGACUUCAGUUUCAGCGACACUCGGAGUUGAUUCAGGGUUUUUAUCCGACGAAGAGUUUGCUUGCUGUUGUGGUGCACCGUCGCCCUCCGUUAAUGCAGUACUCGGUGGCGUAGUGGCGCAGGAGAUUGUUCGGGCAAUAACCGGAAAAGGUGCUCCCUACGGCAAUUGGUAUUUCUUUAACGGAUUGCAGUGCUCUAUGACGGUCGAAUGGUUACCGAAAGAGGAUAUUUGUCCUGCACCAACCACAAAUUCUGUAUAAAUAGAUAUAUUCGUA